AUGGAAAUUUUUAACGGCUAUUUAUUGGGUGAUAGCAAAGAAUUACAAUCUCAAAUGAAUGACAAUAUGGAAGAUGAAAAUGAUACUCUAUUAGAAGAAACCAUUUCUAAAUUAGAUGGAUCAAAACUUGAAGAAUAUUUAACCAAACAAUACAAGAUUAGAGAACUUAUACCGUCACAAGAACUUGCUGUGGUAUCUGAGCUUUAUGAUUAUUUGUAUAACAUGCAACAAUUUUAUCAAAUAUGUAUUGAUGACCAAUAUUCUGUGUUUGAGAAAAUGAGUUUAAUGUAA